GAACAGCAAGAAGUUACCAGCAAGUUUGGAGAUUGUAACGAACGUGUUCAUAUAGAAUCACUGUACAAACUGUUGUAGUUUUACGCGAUGAAACCGAAGCCGGAACUGCGGAACGGUAGUCAACAUACGAGUCCAAAAAGUAUGGAACAUUCGGCAUCACCGGUUACGCUUUUAUCGCCCCACAAGUACAAUCUGCGAAGCAAAGGACCUCCGAGGUAUGUUCAGUUUUCGGAUGAAGAAUGCCCCAUUUGUCUGGAAGAUUUCAGCGAAACGGUGAUCGCAAAUUGUGGCCAUUCGUUCUGUAAAUCCUGCAUUGAGAAGUGUAUGAAGAAUGCGAAGCCAAGAGUAUGUCCGGUUUGUAAGGAGAGAUUAAUCAAAAACCUGUUUAUGUACAAUCAGCAAUGCUCGAAUCCUCCGGUUGAAGUUUCAUCAAUCGCCAAAUACCGGAAUAGUGUGACUACAAUUGAGAAAAGAAACACAACUUUUUCCUACAAAUCCAAGAAGGCAACUUAGUAACGAAAACGCUGCAUACAACCGAUGUAAUAUUAUGCCUAUACUUAAGGAUCAUCGACGCUUUGGUGAUGUAUAUACUGCUGUUGUAGAAGCCUUUAUUUAAAGAAGAGGUCUAUGUAUAUAAUAUAAUUAUCGUAUAAGAUGUGUACAUUACGUCGCCGGUUUCUUUAUUUUGCUAUUGGUAUUUUCGAGAGAUUGCUAGAGUGCUAUGGGUUUUAUUAAAAUAAUUAUUAUCCUAUUAAUCUCGUGUUACAUUUUGUCAUCAUUUCACGACGAAGGCGAAUAAACGUACUGAUA